AUGGAUAGAAAAGAGUUCGAACCAGAUAAUAAGCCAUUUUUGAAGAAAAAGGGGAUGGAUGCUGAUUAACAGCCCCUUAAUGAGGAGAGCAAGGAAGAAGUAAAGAGCAAUGAAAAAAUCAUGGGAAAAGGAGGAAAAAAAGUUGAUGAUGAAGCACCAAUGGUGUUUGGAGCUGAUCCUUCAAAUAUAAGCAGGAAUGAAGAGGAGAAGAAAGAAAUGAUUAACUCACAAAUCAAACCAGCAUACAGAAAAUCAAUUCUUGAAUAAGAUGAACAGAUAGCAAACUACGAUGAAAUCAAAGCUUAUGAAAACAUCGUCACCUGUAGUAUCUGCACAGAAUUCCUAUUUCUGUCACGAGAUCCAGUGUAUUGCCAGAAAUGCCAAUCAACAACAUUUUGUUCAAGUUGUAUCGAUUAAUGGGUUAAGUCCAAGGGUAGAUGUCCAUUGUGCCAAGAUCCAAAUCCAAAACUAAGUAAAGUAAGCGAUAACCCAAACUUGCUUGGACUUAUGAGCAAUGUUAAACUACAUUGCAAAUACAGACCAAAGGGAUGUGACGAGACAGUGUCCUUGCUUGAUUAUGAAAAGCAUGCUGAGGAGUGUGGUGAAUGCAAAAUCUGCAAGUAAAAACCAAUAAUAAAAAAGGAAAUGCAUAGUCAUUUUGCUUCUAGCUGUAAGUUCUAUGAGCUGCAUUGUCCGUAUUGUGGAAUUAGAUAGCUUAGAGAAGAACUUAAAAGCCAUAAAUGCUAUCAAUAAUCCUGCACUGGGAGAAACGGCUAGGAUUACUUUCUGACUAAGUAGAGAGUCAGUAACCUCAAGAAUGUCUAAUCUUACUUAAAGCAAAUACAAUGCUCAAUUUGCAAUAAUGUUCUCAGAAAUCCAAAGCAAUGUGAAUAAGAAAAAUGCCAAAGAAAUUUCUGCGAGAGAUGUUUGGAUGAAAAACUAAAGACCAGUAAUUAAUGUCCCAUUUGUAAGAUUGAUGGGCCACAAUUCACUGAGAUUAAUAGGCUAUUAAAAGGUUUGCUAGCUUAAACUUAAAUAAACUGUAAAAAUUGCAAACAGGCAAUAAAUCAUGAUAAACUAGAUGAACAUGAAUCUAAAUGUGGAAGUUGUACUAAUUGUAAAACCAAUCUUGGAGGAAACACCACCCAUAUUGAACAUUUAAUAGAUAGCUGCCCUAAAUAUGAAGUAACUUGCUAGAUUUGUUGGAAGACCAUGAAGAGGAGUAAGUUUAGUAAUCACUCUAAAUGCGAGAAAAUUGCUAAGCCAGUUGCGGUGGUCAAACCUGAAAAGCAAAAGGCUUAAAAGGAAGACGCCAAACUUAAAGAUCCCUUGCUUGCCAAUUUUUAGGCAAAGUAACCUGAGAUCACAGACAUUCUUGAUUACAAUCAACACUGGGGGAGAAAGACAAGAGGUUGUUACUGCCUAGGUCUGGGAAGAUGGUGUAAAGUAGUUAAGCAUAACGUAGGUAAGGAUUUAGAGGGCAAGACCAAAUGCGUUUAAAUCUUAUUUAUCAUUCUUUUGGCUCUGAGUGAAUGGGGCAUGAUGAUCCACGCCUAUGUUGAUUUGCUGUUGAUUAAAGAUUUCGAGCAGAAGAGCAAUUUCCUUUUUUUGAUUGGAUUGAUAGUUGAUUCAUGCCUGUCAUUUUUCAUUAGAUUGAUAGCAUAUAUCUUUCUAGCUUCAAUGUGGGAAGGCUACGCUCAUCAUGGGUUGCUGAGAUUCCUCCACGUUUGCAUGAUCUUGUUUAUAUCUUUGAUUCCCUAUGGAGACUUCUUGCUACAUCUUGGCUAUAGAUAAAGAGGCUAUUUAUAGCAAGGAUCUGAAGAGCCUUUUCCUGAUGAGCUUAACUUACCAAAGGGAAAACCAUAGCAAUAUCAGGGUUAUUUUAAUGUAACAAGGGGAGGGCAUUUCUAUUUCUUGUCUCUUGGCUAUUUCAAAUGUUUCACCUCCUUGAUUAGAAUAGUAAUUUGGAUUAUUGGUUUGAGUAAUUAUGACGAUUUGAUUAUGAAUUAUAAGGAUGCGAGAGUUGUCUUGGUACUUGCAGGAGGGCAUUUGCUUUUCUGUGUUUUGAUGCUCUUGAGAGUUCUAAUUGAUAACUGCAGUUGCAAAUGUGACAAAAUUAAGGGAAGGAAAAAGAGACUCACUAGUUAUGAUACCCUUAAUAAUGAUCUUAUUAUUUGA